AUGGAAAACAACAACGACGCCAUCAAUGGCACAACGUUGGAGCAGCAACAACAACACGAAGCUCAACCGGAACAACAAGCACAGGAAGCUGACGUGCCGCCCACGCGUUUCGAAGUGGAGCUCGAGUUUGUCCAGUGUCUCGCGAACGUGCCGUACGUGAUAUUCCUGUUCAGCCAGCAGCAGAUAUGGCGGGACCCGAAAUUCAAGGCGUAUUUGAAAUACCUGGAGUAUUGGUGCCAGCCGCCGUACGCGCAAUGCAUCGUGUAUCCAAAUUGUCUGUUUAUGCUCAAGCUGCUGAACGGAUUCAUGGCUUCGGCGACCGUGAACGAAGACGGGCUGUUGGAGGGCUUGGAAGAACUGCCCAAGGUGCUGCAGAGCCAGGGUGGACAAUGGAUGAAUGAGAUGGUGGAGCGGUGGAGCACGUGA